CGCACACACAGAAACACCGCUCUCCUCCAGUCUCCGCUCCUCCAGCGGCUCUGUCGGGUCUCUCUCGCCGAUGAGAGGCGCUCCUGCAGCGGGUGCAGAGCCGCGAGCGCCGCGGGGAGAAGCAGAGGAUGGGCUGCAAUCUGUGUAGCCUUCAGAAGAGAGAAGAGCAUUACAAACUCCUGUACGAGAUCGCACAGGUGAACGGGCGGGAUUUGUCCAGAGCGAGUCAUGAAGAAGCGCUCGAAGCCUUCAGAUCCGCUAAAGAGCCAGUGGUGGUGCAGGUGCUCCGGCGGGCCCCUGUUCCCCGGGGUCAGAGGUCACAGCUGGUGGAUGUUUGCACACAGACGGAGAUCACCUUCGAGCACAUCAUGGCUCUGGCCAAACUGCGCCCGCUGACGCCGCCGGUGCCCGACAUCUGCCCGUUCCUGCUGUCCGACAGUGGUCACUCUCUGCACACUCUGGAUCAGGAAUAUUUGGAGGGCAGUGAGUUCCUCUCCAGUCUGCCGGCGGAUGCGGAGCGCACUGAAGAUUUUGAGUAUGAGGAGGUGGAGCUGUGCAGAGUGUGUCGUCAGGAUAAGCUGGGCCUGACGCUGUGCUACAGGACUGAUGAUGAGGAAGAGUUCUCCAUCUUCGUCACUGAGGUGGAGCCGAACAGCAUCGCGGGCCGAGACGGAAGAAUCCGAGAAGGAGACCGAAUACUACAGAUAAAUGGGCGGGACAUUCAGGACAGACAGGAAGCAGUGGGCGUUCUCUCCAAUGAGGAGAGCAGGAAUAUCGUGCUGCUCGUGGCCAGACCAGAUAUACAGGAGGAGCCGUGGCUGGAGGACGAGCACAGUGAGUUUCUGGAGGAGCUGAAGAUGGAGAUGCUGGAGGAGCAGAGGAGAGAAGAAGAGGAGGAGGAGAAGAAGGCGAGAGCGGCUGGAGAAGAGUCCAUCACUGCCUCCUGCUCCUACAGCCCUGAGCAGAUCCUCCAGACUGACCCGUCAGAGAAGAGCGUCCUCUCCCAGAUCCAGAAGCGUCUGUCUCGGUGUCUGCGUCCGGAUCAGAUCAGCCCGUCUGAGACUCCAGAAGCGGAGCGUUUCCAGCAGCUGCUGGAGCUGAAGUGCCAGAUCCGAAACAGCGGCGAAUACGACCUGCUGUACCGCAGAUCCAUCCAGUGCGGCGGCGCCGAGAACGAGCUGCGUUUGCUGAACCAGGAGCUGCGCAGCAUCCAGAUCCAGUGCCAGAACAUCAUGCAGCGCCACAAGACGGACUCCAAACUCCCAGAGAUCCAGGAACAUCCGGAGCGAUCAGAUAAGGACAGCUCCAGUGCGUAUAACACGGCGGAGAGCUCCCGCAGUACACCCCUCGCCACAGAGAGAUCUCCAGAACACAGAACGCUCAGCCGGCAUCCAGAAUCAUCUAUCAGGAGCGCCAGUCCGGAUCACAGCAACCCGUCAGAGUCUCCGGACGAGAUCUCCAGCAGGUCCCUGCACUCCAGGAUCCCGGUGCAUCAGUGCCGGAGCUACAUGCAGAUGAUCCAGGAGCAGGCGGCGCUGGAGUUCGGGAUGAUCAACAUGAGCGUCCCGCAGGAGGACAAUAAGAUGGAGUGGAAGGUGAAGGUGCGGAGCGAUGGGACCAGGUACAUCACCAAGCGUCCGGUGCGGGACCGUCUGCUGCGGGAGCGAGCGCUGAAGAUUAAAGAGGAGCGCAGCGGAGGAAUGACCACCGACGACGACACCAUGAGCGAGAUGAAGAUGGGGAGAUACUGGAGCAAAGAGGAGAGAAAACAGCAGCUCCUGCGGGCGAAGGAGCAGCGGCGGAGGAGAGAAAUGAUGCAGCGCGGCCGGACGGACACCCACAACACCUCCAUCAUGGAGAUCAGCCAGCGCAGGAGCACCAAGAGGAGGAACAGGAGGAUUCUGGACAGCUGGAUCACCAUUCAGGAGAUGCUGAGCCACGGACACACAGCAGCAGCAGAGGGCGCCAGAGAGCACAGCGCCUUCCUCUCCGUCACCACCGUAUGACUUUACCCGCCGGGUACGAUCACUUCUGCCUCGUUCAAUGCGGCACUUUUUAUGACAGAUGACUCUGAUAUUUUAUAUGUUUUCUAUACGAGAGGUUCAUUGCUUUGGGUUUUUAUUUUUCAUUUAUUUAUUUGUUGUUGUGCGAUAUUUCAUGGAUGGAGUAAUUCACUCAAACUAAUGAUCUGACUUGCUUGUUCAAUUUAAACCUGAAUGACUUUCAUUCAUUCUCCUUCAGCUUAGUCCUUUAUUCAUCAGGGGUUGCCACAGCGGAAUGAACCGCCAACUAUUCCAGCAUAUGUUUUACACAGCGGCUGCCCUUCCAGCUGCAACCCAGUACUGGAAAACACCCAUACACCCUCAUUCACAUGCACACUCAUACACUACGGCUCAUUUAGUUGAUCAGUUCCCCUAUAGCACAUGUGUUUGGACUGUGGGGGAAACCGGAGCACCCGGAGGAAACCCACACCAACACGGUGAGAACAUGCAUGACUUUAUUUGACGUAAUUAUUUUAGAGUUUGCUUUCAACACUCACAAUUUCAACCCAGGCUCAUUCUGAAAACAUAGUCUGGGAGGUAUGUAUUUUUGCAGUUUUUGGUUUUCGCGAAUCCGCGAGAGGCCGUUGUGUGUGCCUUUUUGGCUUCUCGUACGUCUCCCGCGAGUGCCGUUAGCGCCCGCGCUGUUCUCGCGUGAACCCACCAGAGGCCGCUGUUGAACGAA